UCAAUCAUCCGAAUACUACAAUCUGCUUGAUUAUUAUCGCUAGAGCAUAUAAAAAUGGCAACACGACAAAAAUCUCCUUCCUCAUCUCGUGUCCAGUACGAGGAGUUCCAGCCAAAGUUUGAGUGGAAGGAGGAAGAAGAUGCCAAUCUUCUACUCGUUCAUCUUCCUGGUUUUUCCAGGGAGCAAAUCAGUACCUCAUAUUUAUACUCCAAUGGAACGAUUAGAGUUAUUGGACAAAUGCCUGUUGGAAAUAACAAAUGGAGUCGUUUCAGUCAAGAUUUCCCCGUUCCAAAAAAUUGUAUCAUACAAAAGAUUCAGGGCAAGUUAAAGAAUGGGGUUCUUACCCUUACAUUACCAAAACAAACCAUCACAAAACUCAUCCCACAACCAAAAACUCCUCCUCCUCCUCCGGCCAUCACCACCCCAGAGCCUCGACAAGGACAAGAUUCUUCUCUCUCCGGCCAACUAAAAGAUAAUAAACCUGUUUCUACAAGAAAAGUUGGCGAUGCUGAUCAGAAGAAAAGUAAUACUGUAAGCGAUGGGAAGAAGGUAGUUGAUCUUCAAAGGCCUGCAAAUGAUCUACCAAGAUUUAAAGAAGUUGGUGAUGAAAAGAAAGUUGAGGGUUCCGGGUUGAAAAUGGCAGAAGACGUGAAGGGAAAGGAUUAUGAUGCGGAAACCAGGAAGAAAAAUAAAGAAGUUGGUGAUGGAAAGAAAGAUGAGGAAGAAACCAGGAAGAAAAAUGGUGAAGGAAAUGAAAUGGAGAAGAGGAAAGAGGUGGUUGUUGCAGGGAAAGUGAAGGAAAGAAGAGGAGUGUCUGGAGCUGUGAAGAGAAUGAAGGAAUUGACGAUGAAUCACAGUGAAGAACGACAGGCGAUGGUGAAUAUAGGUGUGGCGGUUCUUGUGAUUGCAGCACUAGGAGCUUAUAUAUACUAUACUAUUGGAUCAUCCUCUGAAAGUACAGAAUCUAAUUGAUAUGACAAGUUUGUUGUAAUCAUUGAGUAACUUCUGUAUAUAAUAUUGUUUGUAAAUAUAAUUUCUAAA